AUGGCCAUCGCUCCCGCCCUCCGUGAUAUGUUGGAGCGGAAUACCAUUCCACGCCGCCAACUCUUGGGAAGAAGAUAUCAUGUAGUGACUGAUAUUGGCAAAGGAAUGUUCAGUGAGGCUUUUCUGGUAGAGGACAAGCAGGCAGGCGGGGCACUGGCGGUGGUGAAGUCUUCAAGGAUCGCGCAGGGAAAUGCAGAGGGAAUGAAUAGGGAGCAACAGCUGCGUCUGGCCAUUUCCGAGGCCCGCAUUAUGGCUAUGUUCAAUGACGACGGCGUUGUACGACUCUUGGACUUCUGGUGCGAAGAUGGAAUUGAUAGCAUUUGUUUCUUAAUGGAAUAUUGUGCAGGGGGGGACCUAGAGGCGUACCUGAGGCUCCGGUACCCACUUGCUGAGGGCCUUCUUCUGGUUUUCUUCGUACAGUGUCUCCUUGCUGUGGCGCACAUUCACACAAAGGGAGUCAUCCACCGGGACCUCAAACCCGCCAACAUAUUGGUCGCAGAGGGGGACAGUGGCAAUACCGUACCAACCUUAAAAUUGACGGAUUUCGGUCUUAGUGCCAUGAACAAUGCCGGCACCGCAUUGGAGGAGCUCUCCCUCGUCGGCACACCACUGUACAUGUCGCCCGAAGUUAUACAACAUGGAGCAUGUGUCUUUGGAAGUGAUGUGUGGAGUCUCGGUGUUGUCUUCUACCGCCUUAUAACAAAUGAACAGCCAUUCAAUGCAUUGAACCAAAGGGCGUUGCACUUCAGUAUCGUCAACACCCAGCCACCCCAUCCAUGUAGUGUAGCGAAGCACUACUCACGCGAGCUCGGCGAUCUCGUCAUGGUAAUGCUGGAGAAGGACAUCGCGAAACGACCAACCGCGCGAUACCUCAUCGCCUCGCCACUCUUUGAACGAGUCCUGCAGCGGUCCCCGUGGCGCAGUCGACCACUGCGUGGUGCCACAUGUCUCUUCGUGUGUCGUACCGACCGAACGGUAAACAUCUUAGCGGAACCGCACUUUAGUGCCCCCAUUGUGGCGACACUUGGCUUCGGGGAACACGUGUUUGUUUCGAAUCGGUUGUGCGUUCGCACGGUGUUGAAACAGUGUAGCGUCACAGGAGCCGUGACUCGUGCCUUUACGUGGCUUCCGCCGCAGGCAAGCAACGGUGGAAAUGGACGCAGUGACGGCGGUGGCGGCUCAAACCCCCAUGCCUUAAACCCUUUCGAAUGUUCCCACCGACCAGUCGCCAGGCCGCCGAGGACGAUGCAAGUUACUGGUGAGGGUAUUCUUUUGUGGUACCGUGUGGUUGGGCCGCGGGAGGGGUACUGCGCCCCGUCCGAGUGCGGGAGGAAUUUGCUCUGGCAUGUACAUAACUACACUCCCUGUGGCCCGCUGCCCACUCAUCCUGCCCCUGUGACAACGAAUCUCCCGCGGCCAGUGAGCCCGGGGUCACCGGACAAGAAACAAACUUGGACCAUAGGGCAAAUAAUUUCAUCAUUGUUUGGCGCACAUGGCUGA